CAAACCUACAGCCAGGAACUUGGAUAAAAGACGGCAGGUUUUUUGACCAGACGACUCUUUAUAUGAAUGUUCUUUCUCCCGUUCAACUCAAUUCACUUGCGCUCCCAUUCAAGCACAGUCACGUCCAUAUUUCACUUGAUUCAUAAGCUUGGUGCAUAUAUACCCCCCUUCCACGGUUUCUUCUCUUCUGUCUAUUUCACAUCUAUACUCAGAACAACGAGAAAAGCUCCUGAGGUUCCACAAGCCACAUAAACUUGUUAGCAUUGCACAGGACGCACGUUCACACAAGUGUCUACUGGUUUGCAGACCAUCCCUGGGUCGUGACGCAGCUCAACCCCCAAUUCUUGCUUCACCCCGCAAAUACAACCACCUCACCUCAACCCCUCCACUUGACCCCCCAAGACAACCUUCACAAUGACAACCUUCGCCAAAACCGGUUUCAACGCGCUCUCCUACGCCGCCUUCCGCCCAACCUACCCACCCCAAGUCUUCAAAACAGUCCUCACCUACCACCGCGGUCCCUCCUCCCUCCUCCUCGACUUAGGCUGUGGCCACGGCCUCAUAUCCCGCGAACUUUCUCCCUCCUUCACCCGCGUGCUCGCCACCGAUCCCUCAUCCUCCAUGAUCACGCAAGCCACGUCCUCUACUCCCCCCUCCAAGUACCCGAACAUCGAAUGCCGACAAGCGUCCGCAGAAGACCUAUCUUUCAUCCCAGACGGGACCCUCGAUAUGGUGGUCGCUGGGCAGGCGGCGCACUGGUUCGAUUACAGCAAGGUGUGGCCUGAACUUGGGCGGAAGAUGAGGAAGGGCGGUACGCUAGCAUUCUGGGGAUACAAGGAUAACACUUUCGUUGAGAAUCCCAAGGCGACGAAGAUAUUGGAUCAUUACUGCUAUGGCGAAGAAACGAUGGGGCCGUAUUGGGAGCAGCCCGGACGGAAUAUUCUGAGGGAUAAGUAUCGGGAUAUUUCGCCGCCGGAGAAAGAGUGGGAGGAUGUGGUGAGGGUGGAGUAUGAGCCGGGGACGGAGGGAAAGGGGAGUGGUGAGGGGGAGGUGUUGAUGAGUCGAAGGAUGAAGUUGGGGGAGGUGGAGAGAUAUUUGAGGACGUUUAGUGCGUAUCAUGAUUGGAAGGCGGAGAAUGGAGCGGAGAGGGAUAUUUUGGAUAGGAUGUUUGAGGAGAUGGUGGAGGGGGAGCCGGAGUGGAAGGCGGCGGGGGAGAAGUGGAGGGAUGUUGAGGUUGAGAAUGAGUGGGGAAGUGUGAUUUUGAUGGCGAGGAAGAAGUAGGGGAUGGGGUUGGCAUCUCUGGCUUGUUUUCCUCUGCGGAGCAGAUGGGCGAGCAUUGGCCCUGAAGGAUAUGCAUGUUUUCUGGAGGAUUUUAUAUCCGAUGUUCUUCUGAUCUGGAUUGAGACCACGACUUUCAGCUCGUGAAGGAUGACGAUUUUCAAUAUAUGAAAUCAUAUUGCAUGGCUUUUUCAGCGACGUAGCUCUUGGAGUUGGGUUAUCGGAGACGGCACUCGAAUCUCUCUUCUUUGGUAAUUGAUACCGUGUAUCAAUAAUAGAACAAUAGAACAUAAAAUCGCUGCUUUUCAG